UCUUAAUCAGCCCAAAAGAUCAAAAAAACGCCAUGCAAAUUUAACGUUGGAUAAAAUGAUGGAAAAAUUCCUGCAGCAGAGUGUGGAUACAGAAGAGAAAUUUUACAGAUACGAAGAGCAGAGGCUCAAAAUCGAGGACAAGCGUCGGGAAGCUGAGCAUGCUCGAGAGCUCCAGAUGUUACAGAUGUUGGGACAGAUGUUGGCAGGAAUUUCUUCUACGGUAUCGCAAAGGUCACAAUCUAUACCAGCAAGUCCACCUCAGAGAGCGAACCAUCGUUCGUAUGGGGAUAACUUUAAUUAUAAUGCUAUGACAGCAGCACUUUCUCCACCGAUAGUUAUAGAGAGAUCUUUUUCACUGCACAGAACACACUCUCUAAAGGAUAUGGAGAAUAUUUUUCAACUGGUGCGCAAUGUUAUCCCUCCUCUAACAGGGAAAAGACAUAAAGGUCAAGAUGGACGUAUAGGCAUUGUUGGAGGAUGUCAAGAAUACACUGGAGCACCAUAUUUUGCUGCAAUUACAGCUCUCAAAGUGGGUGCAGAUUUAUCCCAUGUGUUUUGUACCAAAGAUGCAGCAACAGUAAUCAAAUCAUAUAGUCCAGAGCUGAUUGUUCAUCCAGUUCUUGAUAGUCCCAAUGCUGUCCAUGAGGUGGAAAAGUGGUUACCACGACUGCACUCAGUUGUCAUAGGACCUGGCUUAGGUAGAGAUGAAGUUCUACUUGAGAACGCUAAGGGUAUUAUAGAAAAAUCAAAAGUGAAAGGAAUUCCGAUCAUUAUUGAUGCUGAUGGACUAUGGCUCAUUUCCCAGCAGCCUUCUCUUAUUCAAGGCUACCAGCGAGCUAUUCUUACUCCAAACUAUAUGGAGUUUAGUAGACUGUAUGAAGCCAUGCUUAGAGACCCCGUAGACAGUAGUGAUCAUCAUGGAUGUGUAUUAAGACUCAGCCAAGCCAUGGGGAAUUUGACAAUUGUUCAAAAGGGAGAAAGAGAUCUUAUUUCAGAUGGAGAGAAAGUACUGGUAUGCAGCCACGAAGGAAGCAGCCGGAGAUGUGGUGGACAGGGGGACCUCCUUUCUGGUUCUCUUGGAGUCUUAGCGCACUGGGCAUUUCUUGCUGGAGCAGAAAAAACAAAUGGUCAAAAUCCCUUUCUGGUGGCUGCAUUUGGAGCUUGCUCUCUUACGAGGCAGUCUAACCACCAAGCCUUUCAAAAAUUCGGACGUUCAAUGACUGCCUCUGACAUGGUUUCAGAAGUUGGAACAGCUUUUAACAAACUUUUUGAAACCUGAAGCCAAAGCAGCAGAGAAGAAGAAAAGGAAGAACAAUGACUGCAAGAGUAAUUACAUUUACCGUAGAAUUUACAUAAGUAAUGCACCCUUUCAAGUGCUGUAGCAGCAUUGGUAUGCUAGGUAGAUUUUUUUUAUUUUUAAGAAUAGAAAAAUAUGAUUAAUGUAGAUAUUUUUUAAGAGUUUGGAAUACAAAAAUGUUUUGGCUGAAAUAAGCUGUAGUUGCAGAUCUGUUAUAAUAUAAUAAAACUAAACUGAAAGUAUUCCUCUGUUCUUUUUUGAUAGUUAUUGAGCAAUAACUAAAGUGUGAACAGCAAAAAAAAAAAAUAAUGCACUUGAUACUU